AGUGACUCUUUUGGCAUAGGCUUAACUCCAGAAGAUAUAAUCGACCGUCUGCUGUCCACAGAUAAUAACAAGACAGAUGAAAACAUUAUACCAAUAUUUUUGACGUUUUUCCGAAAAUUCAUGAAACCCUUUGAACUAGUAAAAACACUGGUUGAAAGGUAAAUAUACGCUUUAUUUUAUUUCGUUUCCCUAGCUACGAACUCAUGCCUAUUCAACAGAUUCGAAAAUGAUGGUUUAUCAGACGCUUUACCGACUGAUUUACAAAAAAGGUUUGUCCCAUUUUCAUUGCCCGCAGCGUGUAACAAUGAUUUAUUUAUUUUUCUUGCGAAAUGACAGAAUACACAGCGUUUUUACAUUAUGGUUAUCACAUUACUGGAACGACUUUUACGGUUCACAUGCAAGAAAGCAUAUUAUACUUUUUUUAGACCGCAUUUCAAAGUAUGACAGUCUUACACCCAUUUGCGAUUCGUUAGCACCACUUGUUGUACGCGAACCACCCUCAUAUGAUCCUGACAAAGUAUGGGGUCUUAUCGACGAUGAAUAUGAUGAUGAUGACGAAGACGACCAAAUGAUAUCACCGCCAACAACACCUAUAAAAAGAAAUGAAAAAAAGGAUAGUGGCUAUGUUUCAGGUACAUUUUCCUUUGUCCCUUCAUCCCCUACUAAACCUGAAGCGCCUCCCUUUAUAUUAAAACGACUAUCAAAUACAAGUCAGCCAUCAACAUUAUUAUCUCCUAAUUUAAAUCGACUGUUAUUACGGACGAACAGCAAAGUAGUAACACAUUCAGAAUCGCAUCCCGAUCUAAGGUCCACUUAUGCAGCACACAAAAGUCCCUUGUCCUCUGCGAACGAGUUACCCAGACGCGCUGAAUUCGCAGGUGGUCUGAUAAACAUUGACAAUGCCAUAAAGCAUAAUAAGUUGCAUGGUCCAUCAUCCAUGACCCCAUCGCUCGCAACCACAACAGGUCGCUGGACUUCCUCUUUAGGUCAUCAGUUACUUGCAUCUAGUUUUAUAAGCUCAUUCAGGCCCAAGACGGAUAAAGAUCAAACCGGGUCUAAUUACAAAACUUUUAUGAAAGCGGCUGAUGCCAGUGUAGCAGAUCAGUUGACGUGGAUAGAGUCCGAACUUUUUUCUAAAAUCAAGCCCAGAGAAUUUAUUCGAAAUAUAUGGAAUACACCUGUCAGCGAUAAACGGUCAUCGUUAUUAUCAUGCAGCAAUACAGUUCUUGCAUCUAUUGCACAUUUUAACUUUAUUUCGGCCUGGGUCGUCACCGUAAUUGUAACUCAAUCCAGAUUAAGUAAACGGGUCGCGUUACUCCAAAAAUUCAUGUCGAUUGCAGUUGAACUACGAAACCUUAAUAACUAUAAUACAUUGAUGGCGAUUUUGGCAGGCAUCAAUAGUGCGUCAGUUCUCAGAUUAAAACAAACAAGACAAGGCGUUGCAACAAAAAAAGUCUAUAAACAAUUCCAGAGUCUAGAACGAUUGAUGAGUACCGACAAAUCAUUUAGCUCUUAUCGCAUGGCUUUAAAGGCUUCUUCCAGUGGCGCACCCGGAAUACCAUAUCUCGGUAUUCAUACUCAGGAUCUGGUUUCGUUGGCAGAAGCAAAUAAGGACUUUCGGGCGGACGGCACAAUUCACUGGGAGAAAUUUAGGUUGAUGGGUGAAACUAUCAUGGCAACCAUGAAAUUCAAAUGCCCAAGUUACACAAUCGAGCCUGAUGCCAAGUUACUAGCCUUCAUUGCUGACACGUAUAUUUUAUCUGAAGACGAUCAAUACAAGCUAUCUACGACCAUCGAACCAAGAUUAGCUACAGCAAGUACAAGCAGACUAAGAGAAUUGUGGUUACGCAUUUAACAGAACACAAGUUUUCAAGUCCGUUUCUGUAUAUAUUAUUUUAUAUUAUUAAUUACUUUUUUUUAUUCCUACAGUACAUUCCUUAUAACGCAAAUACCCUUCUUCCCUAUAUACAUAUAUACACACACAUUCUAUCACUGUACUUGUCAACUUUCCAUGCUUGCAUACGCAUGCACACACACACACACACACACAUAUACUCACUCACAUAGUU